ACUUGUUUGUUGUUAGAAUUCGAGAUUUGUAUUGAAAGAAGGAAAAAACUACAUUUUUUUUCCAUUAUACCAUGUCAAAAAACUCUUAAAGCUACCACAAUCAGAAAUGUAAGACAUAAAACUGUAGACAUAAAAUUCCAUGUGGAUAUACAAUAUCUACAAAGAAUUUGGACAAAAAGGGAAAUUGGGACCAUGACAGCUAAUAAAGAUGAGAAGACUCCAAAACAAGGAAAAUUCACAGUUUCAGUUGAAGGCAAUAUUGGAAGUGGUAAAACAGCCUUGUUGGAAUAUUUUUCAUCAAACUUUCCUGAAACAAUGGUAUUACAAGAACCUGUAGAGAGGUGGAGAAAUGUAAAAGGGCAUAAUUUGCUGAGUUUAAUGUACAAGGAUUCUGCAAGGUGGAGUUUAACUUUUCAGACGUACGUCCAGCUUACGAUGAUUAACCUUCACAGAACAUCCCACACAUCACCUGUCAAGCUCAUGGAGAGAUCAAUAUUCAGUGCAAAAUACUGUUUUGUGGAAAAUCUCUACAAAAGUGGAGCUAUGCCAGAAGUGGAAUAUAUUGUUCUGAGUGAAUGGUUUGAUUGGCUAGUUAAUAAUGAAGAUGUUCACUUAGACUUGAUUGUUUACUUGCAGACUAAACCUGAAGUUGUUCUGGAAAGAAUUCACAAGAGAUGUCGUGAAGAAGAAGUGAGUGUUCCAUUGGUAAUAUUUACAUAA